CUCUUCUCAAAGAAGGUACCAGUUAGAGGGCAAAAUCUUCUGAAUUUAUGGCUUUAUAAUAUCUAUUUUUGGCGAUAUUUGUAUGAAAAAAACCUUGUAAAGGCUGACAUUUUUGUCAUGCAAAUUUUAUGGUAGUCAUACUAAAGUAGGAUUUCAGCAGAAUGAAAGCCAGGUUUCUACAUGUGAUGAAGAGAACAGGGACUGUGUUUGUUAAAUGUAUACAGUAUGGUUGUCUGUACCAUUGUAUAACCACAUAUGGAGUCUCAUGUGUCACAUGUGACGGGAAGUCGAUGGAGCCCACUAUUUACCAUGGUGACGCAUAUAUUGUGGAAUGUAUAAGUGUUCAUAGACAGACACUAAAAAGAGGAGACGUAAUUGGUGUUAAAUCAUUGGAUGAUCCAAAUAAGUUCAUUUGUAAAAGAAUAGUUGCUAUGGCAGGGGAUAAAGUAUAUAAUGAAGUAUCCAAUGAACGUAUUUGGGUACCUAAAGGUCAUGUUUGGUUAGAAGGAGAUAACAAAAUCUGCUCACAUGAUUCCAGACAUUAUGGCCCUGUACCAUAUGGAUUGAUAUUUUGUAAACUAAUAUUCAGG